ACCCCUACAGUUCCAAGAGAGACAAGACUACCCUUCUUUCCAAGGAUUAUGGUCCUCCUGCGGUGAUCUUCUUGGUAGUGGUGGUGGUGGGAAGAGCUAAAAAUCACAAGUGGGUGGGGCAAGACACCACCCUUCCUAACCUGGGGCAUCAGAACAAAUGGUGCAAGGUCGAUCCUCAAGGGGAGAGCUUGAGUCCAACCCGCUCCUCCACCAAACGGAAGAAGAAACAGCGGAGGAACCGAACCACGUUCAACAGCAAUCAGCUGCAAGCUCUAGAGCGAGUCUUCGAGAGGACACACUAUCCUGAUGCCUUUGUCCGGGAGGAGCUGGCCCGAAGGGUGAGCCUCAGUGAAGCCAGAGUCCAGGUGUGGUUUCAGAACCGAAGAGCAAAGUUUCGCCGGAACGAGAGAGCGAUGUUGGCCAACCGGUCGGUAUCGCUCCUCAAAUCCUACACCCAAGACACAGCCAUCGAGCAGCCCGUUGCUCCCCGGCCCACCACCCUCAGCCCCGAUUAUCUAUCCUGGUCAACCACCUCCCCCUACAGCAACACGAUGCCUUCAUACAGUUCCAGCACCCCCACCCCUGGUGUCAACAUGGCUAACAGCAUUGCCAGCUUGCGCCUCAAAGCCAAAGAGUUCAGUCUCCACCAGAACCAGGUACCCACCGUGAACUGACAGGGCCUUCCAAUGCAGCCAUCCUUCCUCCGUUUUCAGCAGCAUCCUUGGCAAUCUCUAGCAAUCAAGACAUUGGUGAUAUUCCUGGUCCAUCAGGGCUCGAAUCUCUUCCCCUGCCCCUAACGUCUCCUUCUCUUGAAGACCAAAGGAGAGAGUUUCAACAAACUUCAGAAGCUUCUUGAAGCUCCCUUGGGGAGGAGGCAUGGCCCAGCCUCUUCAAGAUCCAAAGAGAUCCAUGCUGGUGGACCACCAUGACUUCUUCAAGGAAGAGGAAAUGAUCCCGAAGACAUUGCUGUCCAGAAAUUAAGAAAUGGACCUUGGGCGCUUGCAGGUUGGGUUGAAAGCCUAAGGAUCUAACUCUUCGAGAACCCAGGCUUCAAGAACCCAAAUGUAAUCUGACUGUGUGAUGGUCUUUUCAGCCCUGGUUGUCUUGCCCUUGCCCAUGCGUGGUGACUUUGGGGCCCCUGUGAUUGGACAGAGAGUAGGUUUUCUUCCAAAUGGGUGGUGGAAGUCUCUCCUGAACGUGUUCCCUUGUUCAUCUCUGCAGUUUGCCCAAGGAAAGGGGGCGCUCCCUUGCUUUAAAACGGAUACCGUGCUUGCUCAGAUUCACCACGUGCCUUGAAGCUCAACGUUCACAGCCAAAGCAAUGAUGAACUGCGGUCUCAGAAGGACUUGUUUGAAACAGGGAUGGCAGCUUAUCGCCGGCGGCCAUGGGUAACCAGCCAACAGCUUUAUGGCAUUGCUGUCAUUCCUUCAGAACAGUUGGUGGCAACUUAGCCAGUUUGCAAAACACACAUUGAUGGAUGCUCCCCCGGCCCAGAGGGCAGAUCUGCAGAAAAGAAGGAGGACACUGAAUUCUAGUGGUGAAGUUUGGGCAGCUGAGGAGGGGGGAUGCAUAAAAAAUGGGGCUGGGGGUUGCAGUUAACUCAUGGCCAUUGCAAUAUCAGCUUUACCUUCUCCUAAUUCUCGCUCUAUUUUCUUUUCCCCAGCUUUCCUGAGCUGGGGGAAAAAAAGGCACAAAUGAAGGAGGAUCCUGGCCUGAAUUUGGGGAACUUUCAUUCUGUUCUGCCAUUCUGGGAAGCACAUCAGAGUUCUUCAAAAUUCCAGUAAGCUGGUUCAUCGCUUUCCAUUUCCCAGAAUCCCCCAAUGAAAGGCAUAUGUCAGUUUCCCAGAAUCCCCCAAUGAAAGGCAUAUUUCAAUUUCCCAGAAUCCCCCAAUCUGAAAAGUAUUGCCAUUGGGGACGGAUUACCCAGUUUCAAAGCGGCCCCCAUCUUCUGCUCUGGAAAUCCCCUUCAGAAUGGAACUUUCUAGGAAUUGUAGCAUGGGAGACACCAGUCGGACCAGUUAAAACAAUUUCAGGAUGUUUCCUUCGCCCACCCCAAUCC